AUGGAACUCAAGUAUGCGUUGCAGCUUCCAAGUAAACCAGAGGUACGUCGGAUGCACAGAGACACUGCGCACGCAAAUCCUGAACAGGAAGAAUCAGUCUGUAAUUGAAGACACCGGAAAAACAGUGGGUAUUCAAUUUUUGAAAGAAAGGUAGCAAGAUGAACUGGAUUACAGUAACUGAGGAAGCCCCCCAAGAGGGGUGAAACGCGUUUUUCACUUUGAAAGGACUUACCAUACAUUCUGUAAGGACGUUUUAUUCUAACAUUUAUUGUUUUAAAUACUUUUAUGCAUAGUUUGGCGAAAUAAAGCACUUUGAAAAUUACUGGAAUGGUGACUGCUAUCAAUGGCCGUAUAACACUACAACAUACAGAAGAGGGAGUGAGACCCUGAACAAUCCCACAAUGCUUAGAGUUUGAGCCAAAUCCACUGGCUCUACACUUGUGAGUGUAAAUACCUGUUUAAAUUUACUUUUAUUCUCAUAUUCAGACAAUAUUGCACCUGUGUUUGUUUUCCUUGUUUCAAUUAUAGGACUACAUUCCUUGAAGCUAAAAGCAUUCAGAGCUAUAUGUAAGAUACUCCGCCUUGUUUGUAUUAGCAUUAAGCACCUCUUUUUUUGGACAGAAUUGUCCAAAAAUCGCAGGAGCUGUUCUUCCACCCCUUUCCAAGCCAGUUUUGUGAAUGGGGAGUUUCAACUUUUGGGAAAGGUUUCAUAUGAAAGUAUUGAAUGAUGUCUUGAAAGUUGACAUGGGCCACUUAAGUUCGCAUAAAAAGCCUUCAGUGAAUGGCCCUGUGACUAUUGCAUACCUCAGUUUAUAUAUACUAUAUAUAUAUAUAUAUAUAUAUAUAUAUAUAUAUAUAUAUAUAUAUAUAUAUAUAUAUAUAUAUAAAUGAGGCUGUGGUAAAAGUUGCCUGACUCUCUUACAUCUUAUCAAGUGAAUGUGUUUUGGCAUUUAUAUAUUUCUGAACCUAUUCAUGGAGCUUUUUACCACAUUAAUUCUGACCUCUAAAUAUACAUCCUUCAGAGGCAACUUAAACUGACCAUGGAUAUUCUGGACAUGUAUGGCAAUAAAUUCAGGUGAGAUGCACUUUCCCUCUUAAACUGUUCCUUUAUACUAACUUAAAGGGGCACUCUACCCAUUAUAUACUCUACAGUGUUCUUAAUUGCUUUUGAUGCCAGGAAUCCCCAUGCACCAUGCCCAAGUACGUAGUCAAAUGAUCUUGAAAGGGUUUUACAAUUACUUAAGAUCUGCAGUCAAACCUCCUUUUCAGAUAUGCCUAUAACAGAUGUUCCACUUCCAUCUUUGACAUAUCAGUUUCAUUGGCUGAAUGUCAGUUAAAGCGCACUGACAAUGAGUUACAGCCAAAUGGGAAAAACAUCUGCCACUAAAGUGGACUUAGGUACUUCUCAUUUAGUGACAUGUGAAGAGGGGGGCAGACUGAAGAUGCCUCGGGGACUCAGUUUAAGUUCAAACCAUAGUGGUUAUGGUGUUUAAAUUGCCACAUUAGUAUCUGUAGAACUGAGCUACUCAAACUUUCCCUCAGAUUACAUUACUAGUAGAUCAACUAUUUUAUGUACCUCUGUUCUUUCUUUCAGUAUUUCACAACUCUUCUCAGCUCUGACCUUUAUUACAAAGCACCCUUCUACUCAACAUUAUUAUUUUAUUUUUUGGCAAUUUAUAAUUUUUAAUUUCUUACAGGAAAUAAGGAAUACAUAGGAAAAGUAACAUCACCUUAGUAGGCAAAAAGGUCACACUGUUGGUGCAAUAUAAGCAUUAUGAUGCACUGCAUACAGUGAUGUCAUGAUAAUCUUAUUACAUUAAAUGUCCGCAUAUGUAGUUUAUGCAUAAGAUCAACACAAUGCACUACUCACUUAUUACAACGAUAUCACCAGUAAAAGUGACUUUUUUUGCAUUUUUCAUGCACAAACAGCACUUACACGGACGAUAUUAUUGCUGUGAUACUUUUUACUGUUUUGAAACACAACUAUUUGUGUUCAGUACCCCUCAUGUACAGGUUUUAUGGUGUUUUCAAAAGUUACAGCGUCAAAUAUAAGGCUUGUGUUUCAUUUUUUUCACAUUAAAAUUCGCCAGAUUGGUUACGUUGCCUUUGAGACCCUAUGGUAUCCCAAGAAUGAAAAAAUUACCCCUAUGAUGGCAUACCAUUUGCAAUAGUAGACAACCCAAGGUAUUGCAGACAGGGUAUGUCCAAUCUUUUUUAGUAGCCACUUAGUCACAAACACUGGCCAAAAUUGGCAUUUUUUGCAUUUUUCACGCACAAACAAAUACUAACGCUAACUUUGUCCAGUGUUUGUGACCAAAUGGCUACUAAAAAAGACUGGACAUACCCCAUUUGCAAUACCUUGGGUUGUCUACUAUUGCAAAUGGUAUGCCAUUAUGGGUGUAAAUUUUAUUCCUGGGCUACUGUACAGUCCCAAAGGCAACGUAACCAAUCUGGCGAAUUUCAAUUUCAAAUGUAACAUGCUAUAUUUGACCUUGUAACUUCCCAAAACACCAUAAAACCUGUACAUAGGGGGUACUGUUUUACACGUGAGACUUUGCUGAAUACAAAUAUGUGUAUUUUAUUGCAGUAAAAGCAAACAGUAUUAUGACAUUCAGUUAAAAUGUUAUGUAGAACUAAAAAAAAUUAAAAAGAAAUUCCCAUUUUUUUCAUAUUAAUUUAUGUUUCAUAGCUAAAUAUUUGAUAUUAAAUGAAAGCCCUGUUUCCCCUGAAUAAAAUGAUAUAUAAUAAGUGUGGGUGCAUUUAAUAUGAAAGAGGUGAAUUACGGUUUGACAGACAUGUAACGCAAAUGCCAGGUUUUGUUUACAUUUUGUUUUGUUCACAACGUUUACAUUUGGCUCAGUCCUUAAGGGGUUAAUAGCUUGCUAGACCCUGCAAGAGCCUCCUGUAUGUGAUUAAAGUUCAAUUUAGAGAUUGAGAUACAAUUAUUUAAGGUAAAUUACAUCUGUUUGAAAGUGAAACCAGUUUUGUUUUUCAUGCAGGCUCUGUCAAUCAUAGCCAGGGGAGGUGUGGCUAGUGCUGCAUAAACAGAAACAAAGUGAUUUAACUCCUAAAUGACAGUGUAUUGAGCAGUGAAAUUGCAGGGGAAUGAUCUAUACACUAAAACUGCUUUAUUUAGCUAAAGUAAUUUUAUUUGACUAUAGUGUUCCUUUAAGAAUCUCUAAAUUUGCCUCUAAACUCCACCAAGUAACUGCCUGAAUUGCCAUUAUGAGGCAAAUCCAGUUUUUCCUAUUUUUUUUAUUUACAUAUAUUUAAUUUAUAUGAUAUCAUUUCAUCAUAAACGGAACACGCUAGCAUUAGGAAUACAAACAUUUAUUCCUAAUAUUAGUGUUUUUUUACUCAUUGAGGCCCCCAGGAACAUGACUUAUCUAUUCUCCUUUAUUAUGACCUUGGCCACCACUUCUUCCCUGGUUGAGGUCAUCAUUACUGAUAAUCUUGGCCAAUCCAGUGCUUCAACAUAGGAGUCAUUUGGGGGACUAGUGUGUAUGUGUGGCAAUUGCCAAGCUGCGCUAAUCAUCAUCUCAUCAUAGAGAUGGAUUGACAAAAUACAUAUAUGUGUAGAGUUGAGCAUUCAGCAUCUUAAUGCAGAAUGUAAAUAUGCUAAUUGUUGGUUCUGCAGAUAUUGCAGGGCACGAGCAGGAAGCCCCUCUAGUGGCUGUCUGUGUGACAGCCAUUAGAGGAGGUUAUAGGAGGCUAUGUAAACACUGCUGUUUGCAUUCCAACAACUAUAUUAAGCGUACUGGUUCUGGUGCUUAGAUACCUUUGAGCUAUAUAAAAUAUGCCAGAUAUAUGAGUAAAAGAAUACGCACCACGUGAUGCUUUUAGUGCUUAUGUUAGUGAAAGUUAUAGAGAAUUGCCUUUAAUUAGUAAUACAAUAUUGCUCUAUAUUAUAUCAUUUAUUGAAAUAAAAUCUUUAUGUAAUUUACCAAGCCAACUAGCAAGUAGAACCCUGUAUGUGUUGAAUGCAUGGCUGAUGGCUCCCUCGUACUGCUCACAUUGCCAGUCUUUCACACUUAGCAGAAGUAGUUUUAGAAUACAUGGUUUGAACAUUUGAUUUUCUCUGUGCUGCAAUAUUGGCAUUUCAUAUCUACUUGACUGCUGCUGCCUACACCAUUACCUUGAUAACAAGCAUUAUUCUGGAAGUCAUUGUGGGUCAUGAAAUAGGUUAAGGAAGGGGAUGAGUAAAGGAUAGAGUGGCAGUUAAACACAUUUUAGUGACUGUUGUGUUUAGUUCUUGAAAUGUCACACCUGAAACAGUGCAUGGAAUCUUAAGGAUCAAGAAUAUUCCGAUUUUUUUCCCCAGAAAUAUAUAUUAGAAUUGUUUGCUUCUUACACUUUUUUUCUGGUUAAUAUAAGUAUGCACUUAAACACAGAAUAAUUCUGGUUUUGUAUUUUACAGAAUUAACAUUGUGAAUGUAUGUGUCUGACCAAUAGUGAACAUGUGGAGGUAUAUAUUUCUUCAUCAUUCCAUUACGGUUUUUGAUAAAUAAUUGUGCACUCUUGAUAUAUGUAGUAAUGGAUUUAGAUCAACCGGGUAGUGUUUUGAAACUACAUAAUAUUAAAGAUAAUACCCAUUCAAACAUCUUAGUUGAAAGGGACAUUCCAGACAGGGUUCAUUUAGUCUUUUAUUAUCCUGUGGAUUACCGGUUGGGUGUUUCUCUAUAUACAGUGUGAAGUUAUUUAUGGAUAAAUAGAGAAGUGUGUAGAUAUAUUUGCAGAACAGACAAUGCUAAUAAUGCAGAAAUACAAGAGUGCUUUGAUUAAAGGACCACUCUAGGCACCCAGACCACUUCAGCUUAAUGAAGUGGUCUGGGUGCCAGGUCCUUCUAGGGUUAACCCAUUUUUUUAUAAACAUAGCAGUUUCAGAGAAACUGCUAUGUUUAUGAAUGGGUUAAGCCUUCCCCCUAAUUCUCUAGUGGCUGUCUCAUUGACAGCCACUAGAGGCGCUUGCGUGCUUCUCACUGUGAUUUUCACAGUGAGAGCACGCCAGCGUCCAUAGGAAAGCAUUGAGAAUGCUUUCCUAUGCGACGGGCUGAAUGCGCGCGCAGCUCUUGCCGCGCGUGCGCAUUCAGCCCAGGAGGAGGAGAAGAGGAGGAUCGGAGGAGGAGAGCUCUCCGCCCAGCGCUGGAAAAAGGUAAGUUUUUACCCCUUUCCCCCUUCCAGAGCCGGGCGGGAGGGGGACCCUGAGGGUGGAGGCACCCUCAGGGCACUAUAGUGCCAGGAAAACGAGUAUGUUUUCCUGGCACUAUAGUGGUCCUUUAACCAAGCAAAUGAAUUCAUACAGACUACAUUUAAUUCUGUAUGCAUAUGAGAAUGUUCUUCAUGUGCCAUAAUAUGUGAAUUACACCGACUGCUAACAAUUCUGCCCACAAGAGACCUUUUCAAGUGAUAGAGCCAAGUCAUCUUUUCCUUAUUUAUUCAGUGUGACUCAUAAGUAAUGUUCAGGGGCAUGAAUAUGUACAUAGAAAAAUUCCAGCAGUCCUACUGCACUAUUUGUUUGUAGUCUACUUUCAUCAUUAUUUAGGUGUUGUGAUCUUGUCGCCUGCCUGGUUAAUACUCAAGUACAACAUCUGAACUCAGCUGUCAACAUAAAAAGACACUAACUUAACUGAAGACUAGUUAUCCAACUCUUGCAUUCAUGCAUAGUUAUGCUCAGUCGUUGAAGCCAAGCUUCUCAUUAUGAGUUAGUAGAUAAAGCGGAAUCUUUUAUCUCAACUAUAUGCAGUGGACCUGUUAUCUGUAUAUAGAGCUGCAUAGGAAUGACAAUCUAAUUCAAAAAUAUGCAAGAUUUAUGCUUUUGUCUUAGCACAGACUGAAAUAUAAGUAAGAACACCUUUUCACUUUAAAAACGGCAAUGUUCACCUCCACAAAAACUCUGCUGAAAUUAGAGUAGUUUGCCAAAAUUUCAAUAAGGGUAUUAAGUAAUAUAUAAGUGUAACAGAGGUGUGGGAAUUUUAUUUUUUAUUUUUAAGUCUACUUGUCCAAGGGACUAAAACGAUAUUCCAAUCGUCUUGUCCUGACAUACUAAAUAAUUUCAGACUGGGGUCCUGGACGAAGACAGAGUUGUUCACUAAACUCCAAAUGUUUGCAAAUAUUUAAUUGGAAAAAACAGAAAUAAAAAAAGUCUAUCUGCCAUAACCCUACCUCUAGUACCCCUACCUCUAGUCAGUGCCCUUAGUGUGUCUGCAUUAACCCUCCCCAUUAGUGACAUAAACACAUAUACAGACAUACUGACAUACACACAAAUACAGACAUAGAUACCUACAUACUGAAAUACACACAUAUACAGACAUACAUACUGGUAUAUACAUACAUACAUACUGACAUACAUGCACACACACAUACAUACUGACGUACGUACAUACAUACACACACAUACAUACAUACUGAUAUAUACAUACGUACACAGAUACUGAUAUAUACAUACAUACAUACUGACAUAUACAUACACAUACUGACAUACAUGCACACACACAUACAUAUUCACAUGCACACACACAUACAUACACACAUACAGCUCAUUUUUCAGCCACCAUCCAGUUCCUUACCUUUUUGUUGCAGGAGGAUGGCUGGGGAUGAUGGGAGUCAGCUGCCUCUCCUCUCCUUGCGGCCUCCAGUCUGUUUCCCCCUUCCCGGGUGAAGUGAGCCCAACUUGUGGCUGCAAUUUUUAAAGGGCCCCAGUCGCACUAUUACACGGCCGCAUUGCUGACCGCGCCCCUGAACAUAUAGGGCCCAUCGGGUGGCCCAAGUAUUCAGUGUGCAGGCCCCAGUGUGAUGGUUGUCCCCUCCUGAUGGUGGCCCUGCUAUCGAUACAAGCCCUGCUGCUUCCCUGCGGUAGGGCUAAAGGCAGAUUAAAAAUGCCUGCCCGGGACAUAUAGUAUGGUGUUAGGAAUUCUGCAUCACAGGUGCAAUAUAUAUUUACAACAUCAAAGAGCUGCAAACAAAAUGUGACCCCAUUUUAAAGCGGCACUGCCAUGGCCGAAUCCAGUUUUUGUUUUGUUUUUUUAUCCCCCCUCCCGACUCCACUACAUCUAAUUGUCCCCCUUGUUACCCUCAAAUGCCCCAAGCCCCCCAUAUUACCUAUUUUUUCAUCGUUAUUUUGUACCCAGACCUAGGUCCUGGGCGCCUCCAUCUUUGUGUGGGUAGAUGAAGUCCCAGUGGGACACGUCCUCUGCCCACACUAGAUAGCGCUGUGAAAUUCCUGCGCAUGCCGAGUUAAACACUGUGUGAAUGGGAAUUUCCUCUAUUCAUUGAUUCGUCAGAAAGAUGAAUAAAUGAAUAGAAAUUUAAAACGAAUAAACAAAGACCUCUUCAUUCGUUCGUUUGGUUUAUUACAAGGAGGGAGCUACUGGCGCCCAGCUCCCGCCUUGUAAUAGGUAAAAAUAGAAGUGGCAGGGAGCAGUGCUCCCCGCCACUUCCUAAGCCCCCCAUGUCCUCCGUCACUCUAUGGGGGUGAAUAUGACCCCCAUAAUAGCAUAAGGGAGAUUAAAAUCUCCUGAAUGCCCCUACUUGCUAUGCCGUGAGUAGGGACAUGUCUAGUAAACAGUGAGCAGCCACUAGCUGAAAUACACGCUCAAGGAACAUCCUAUUUCCCCCCGUUUACUUGAAUAGCCCCCACUCGUGGGGCACAGGUGGGGGCUUGUGGGGUACACUAUGUCCCCCCAGGCUAGUUAAGAGAUCCCCCCCAUGUCCCCCCAGUGGCGGAUCCAGAGCCUGAUCUCGAGAGGGGAACUUGUAGAUUAUUUAAAUAAAAAAUCCAGGCACAAUAACCACUACAGCUCAGUGUAGUAGUUAUUGUGCCAGUAGUGCCAGGAUCCCACCCCAGUGUAAGUAGUCAUACUGUUUAAGAACAGUUUGACAACUUACCUGGGGUCUGCUGGGAUAUAGGGCAUAGGAGCAGUGGUGUGUGUUAGGGGUGAAGUGUGUGAGUGGUGAAGUGUGUGUGUGAGUGCAGCAGUGUGUGUGUUAGGGGGCAGUGUGUGUGUGUGUGAGGGUGGCAGUGUGUGUAUGGGGGCACUGUAUGUGUUUUGGGGGCAAUGUGUGUAUGGGUGGCACUGUAUGUCUUUGUGGGGCAGUGUGUGUAUGGAGGGGCACUGUAUCUAUGUGUGGGGCAGUGUGUGGAUGGGGGGCACUCUGUGUAUGGGGCGUCGUGUGUGGGGCAAUGUGUGUAUGGGGGCAGUGUUUGUUGGGCAGUGUGUGUAUGGGUGUAAAGUGUGUGUGUAUGGGGGCAGUGUGUGUAUGGGGACAGUGUUUGUAUGGGCGGGAAGGAGGGUAGGGAGGCUUUUUAAUAAUAAUAAUAAAAAAAUGUAUUUAAUAAAACAUAUAUAUUUAUGUCCCCCUUCCCUUCUUACCUUUACUGGGAGGAGGGGUGAACUCUAGCCCGCCGCUCCAGGUAACCGCGGCAACGCUCCAAAUCUCGCAAGAGGAGGACCCGGAGGAGCUGCAGGCUGAGCUCCCGGGUCCUCUCUCCUCCCUCUCCCUGCCCUGCCGGCUGUCAGCACGGUGCCUGCGGACCGGGGAGGGAGAGUUCUGAUCUCCCUCCCCGGUCCGCAGGCACAUAGCAGGGCUGGCACUUGGACAAUGCCAGCCCUGCAUUAGCUGGCAGGAGAGAGUCUCGGGGGAGGGGUGCAAUUGCCCCGUUGCCCCCGGAUCCGCCAAUGUGUCCCCCCAGGCGAGUUAUUUAUUUUAUAUUGUUUUACAACAGGGGCAGAUUAAUUACUAAUACUAAGUGAUUUUUACUCAGUAUUAGUAAAGUUGGCUGAAAGACCAGUUUAGGUCUUUCAGUCUUUUGGUAGAUAGCUCCCUGAUACCGUGGGAAUUUUGGACUUAUCUACUAAGCGGCUGCAAGAUGCUCUCAUUCUGUUAGGACGAAAUUUUGUAGUUUUGCCCGUGUUUGGGAAUAUGUAAAGGUGAGAAUUGUAGGAAAAUUUCUCUAGGAAACGGAGCACACUUUGCUCUUCUGCUGGUCAUAGAUGGUCAGGCGUAGGAAACCUCCAUGUCACAAGUAGUCCCUACUUUGUCUUUUGUUUUAAAGAAAACUAAAGCAGACAUGAAGAAAUGUAAAACAGAUCCUGGCAGAGGGAGAGAAGAGGAAUCGAUUAAAUAAAGGUAAGUUAGGCAUGACAGUGCCGCUUUAAUGAGUGAAGUCACAAUAUUCACCUUUGAGACUGCUUAUCACUUCAGCUCUGGCAGGGUUAUUUACAGACAUGAAAAUUCAGAAUAAGUUCAAAGUGAAUUUCAGAUUUAAGGAAAAAAAGGCAAAUCAGAAGCAUAGCUGAUUUAGAAGGUUUUUUCCGGUUUGCCUAUUUUGACCUUAAAAUUUGAAAUUGUCUUUGCAUUAACCUUGAAUUCUCACUUUAGUGAAUAACUGCAUAGUACAAAAAAUCCUAAUGCAAACUAAAUGGGUGAUGGCAGAAAUCAGUUCUAGAAGCAGACUAAAUAUUUCUGGAGUUUGUACUCAGCAGGACAUGUUCCACAAAUGGACCAUGUUCUUUCACAGCUGUUCCCAGCAGUAUCUCUAGUCAGUCAUCUAUACUUAGUGAAGACCUUUUGCGUGUAUAGCAUCAUAUCCAUGUGAGUGUCCCUUUAUGUGUGGCUAUAUAUAUAUACAUUUUUUUGGGAUAUCCACAUUUUCUGUGGAUGUUGUAUAUAUAUUUUUUUCUUGAUAUAGAGAUGUGUGUGCGUGCGCAUAUAUGUAUGUAUAUAUAGAUGCAUGUGCAUGCAUGUAUGUGUAUACACAUACACAUUCUUUCUCAGGUAUUGUAUAUUCUUGAUUUCACCUUUUUAUGGGUGGUAUAUAUAGAUCCACACUUUUCUUAUACCUUUUGUGGGGAUGAUAUGUUGCAUUUAUGACAUUUUUAUAUAUAGAUAGUGUUGCCUUAAUUGUGAUUCCUCUUAAUUGUGAUUCCUCUAUAUAUAAUCCUUUUGGUAUUUGUGAUACUUACAUAUAUAUAUAGACACUGUUGUGUUUACUUUUAUAUUUACUUUUAUAUUUCUUUGCAGAUUAUUAUUAUUUAUUUUUUAUAUUGUGUAUUCUGUAUAUUUUACAUUGGGUAAAGUUUAUAUAUCAUAAGAGAUAGCCCCCCCUUUUUCGCCCAACUUGGGACGCCCUGUUUUCCUUACAGCCGAUUGGCUGCUUGGUCUUCCGUGCGUUCCACGGUGGAACACGGAAGUACCGCUAAUGAUAUUGUAUUGUGUGCUAUGGACGUUAUGCGUUCCAGUAUGGAACGCGGAAGUGAGUUCUUUUUCUACAUCCGUCUGAAAAGAUCAUCUCGUCCAACCAAUCAAAAUGAGGCAAGACCGAAACCCGGAAGUGAAGGUUUUUCCGCGGUAAUUUCAAGAUUGUUUGGAGGCUUAUAA